UUAGGGUUUUUGGUUGCCUCCUCCACCAUUCUUCUUUCUCAGUGCCGCAGCUAGAGACAAACAAGAGCAAAAAAAAAAUGAAGACCAUCUUGUCAUCGGAGACCAUGGACAUCCCAGAUGGGGUCAAGAUUAAGGUGAACGCUAAGGUCAUCGAGGUGGAAGGCCCACGUGGCAAGCUCGUCAGAAAUUUCAAGCACUUGAACUUGGAUUUCGAUCUCAUUACUGACGAGGAAACUGGGAACCGAAAGCUGAAGAUCGACGCUUGGUUCGGCUCCAGGAAGACCUCCGCCGCCAUCCGCACCGCGCUCAGCCAUGUCGAGAAUCUCAUCACCGGUGUCACCAAGGGUUACCGUUACAAGAUGAGGUUCGUUUAUGCUCAUUUCCCCAUCAAUGCCAGUAUCACCAACACCAGCAAGUCCAUCGAGAUCAGGAACUUUCUUGGAGAAAAAAAGGUAAGGAAGGUGGAUAUGCUUGAUGGGGUCACAAUUCUCCGAUCUGAAAAGGUCAAGGAUGAGCUUGUACUGGAUGGGAACGACAUCGAACUGGUCUCUCGAUCCGCUGCCUUGAUAAACCAGAAGUGUCACGUGAAGAACAAGGAUAUCCGGAAAUUCCUUGACGGAAUUUAUGUCAGUGAGAGGGGAACCAUCGUAGAGGAGUAAUUGUAUGUGUAAUUGAUCUACAAUUUUGUUGUGAAAGUUUUAUUUAGAAUGAUUUUAUUUUUGUUGUCCUCUAGUGAACUCUGUUUUUUGGUGUGAUAUGACUCACUUAUCUUAGGUUUGAUCUCAUUGUGCCAUCCUUAAAUUGGUUUUCUGUUCCCCUGUUUCUGUAAUGUUACUGAAAUUGUAACUCGUUCCGAAACAAUCUGGUUGCUUGGUA